AUUCAACUUAUCUUCAUCUCCUAUGCAGACCAUCAACCGCUUUAUCUAUGGACCAACCGCUGAGGAGAAGGUUCGGGCAUGGCAAGCCAUGUUGCGCUCCGAGCAACGGGUCAUCGACCGGGAGAUGAGGCAGCUUGAUACGGCGACCAAGAAGGCGCAGCAGACAGUGAAGCAGCUCGCCAAGAAGGGCGACACCAAGUCCGCGAGAAUCAUGGCGAAGGAGGUUGUGAGGAGCCACAAGCAGAUGGACCGCCUUUCGGUCAGCAAAGCCAGACUAGGAUCGAUCAGCAACCAGCUUCAGCAACAAAUGGCUAUGAUCAAGGUCACGGGCUCGUUGCAGAAGUCUACCGAGAUCAUGAAGCUUUCCAAUGCCCUUGUGAAGUUGCCUCAGAUCAGCCAGGCAAUGCGGGAGAUGAGCAUGGAGAUGACGAAAGCGGGUAUCAUGGAAGAGAUGCUGGACGAUACUCUCCAAAUGGACGAUGACGAAGAGCUAGAAGAGGAAGCCGACGCCGAGGUCGACAAAGUUCUCUAUGACCUUACAGAAGGCAAGCUCGGACAGGCCGGUACUGUCAAGGAAGAGCUUCCGUCAUUACAGGACCAGGCGGAGGACGAGGAGACGGAGAGGGCGAUGGAGCAGUAUCGGCAGCAGUUGAACGGGCUCUUGAGCGGAUGAUACCCACGAUAUACACUUGCUUACUCUCACGUUCGUACGCCCUGUAUCAUAUCUCGUUCGUGUAUGCUGUAGUAGAUCUGGAACCC